GUUUCUGUUGACACCGGAAGUGCCUCUACGAACUAGCGCUGCCACAUCGGAUCUUGCCCUAACUGUCGGGUCGGGAUGGCUGCGACAGCCGAGGGGAAGAAAGAUGAGGACUACAAGAGACUGCACAGCUUCCCUCUCAUCAGGCACACGGACAUGCCCGAGGAAAUGAGGGUGGAGACCAUGGAGCUUUGUGUUACAGCCUGUGAAAAGUACGCCACCAACAAUGAGAGUGCAGCGAAGAUGAUCAAGGAGUCGAUGGACAAGAAGUUCGGCAGCUCGUGGCACGUGGUGAUCGGAGAAGGCUUCGGCUUCGAGGUCACCCACGAGGUGAAGAGCCUGCUCUACAUGUUCUUCGGAGGCAGCCUGGCCGUGUGCGUGUGGAAGUGCUCGUAGCACCUCCUCUCUCUCUCCCUCACCUCCACCCUCACCUCCCCACCUCCACACCUCCCCAUGCCGUGGCUUACUGGGCUAUAGGAAUAAACACCAGCUACCAACCAGAUGCUGGUUAACAUUUGUGUUGUGGCAGGUCCGUUUGUCCACACGACCAGCCACUCUGGCAGAUAAUAAACCGCCACUUCAAGAUCUCGCCCAGGGAAAAUACUUGAAAGGGAGUUUCUGAGAGCAGAAGUCACUUUGGCAUUAACACAGCUUCCUGCCUUGUGUGUCACUUUUCUUUCUUUUUUUUAUUUCCGUGGUUCUAAACAUUUGUGUGUGUGUGUGUGCAAGGUCAACUUUUACAAACAAUACAGCCAGGGUCUCCAAAGUCCUUUACCCUCAUUCCUCUUCAGGGAGCUUGUGUGUGUGUGCGAGUGUGUUUAUAUGUUGGUGUGUGCUGGACACACACAGUUUUUUGAAGCAACACUUCAUGUUCACCUCCCUCAGCAGUUUUGUGCAACACUAAACUGACCGUUUGCACUCGUUUCUCUCUCCUUCUCUCUGUCUCUCUCGCUCUCUCUCUCUCUCUCUCUCUCAAGCCGUGCAAGUCUUUUAAUAAAAUUCUUAAUAUUUUUUAUGUGUACAUAGUUUGAUGCGACUUGACAAACUUCUUUUUAAAGACCAGUGGCAUCUUCUUACGACUGAGCGGCUCCGAGCCGAACCCACAGGAAACCCGAUCCACCUUUUCUCCCUGUAAAGCUGUUUGUAAUAAUCCUGAACAAUAUCACCGCGCCGAGUGAUACAAGCAAUGUGAUUGUUUUCAUGGUGAUGCCAGUGUGUUAAUGAUCCAGCACAACGGACCAUUAUGUGUGGACUGACCUGAUUGUACAAUAAACUCUGAAAUGUGAUGA